GACGCAGGAGCCUGGCGCCCCGCACCCUCCCUCUGCUCUGCUCUGCUCUGCUCCCCCAGGCCUUGCUCCCGCCUUGCACCCUUCAGCAGGGGGCGGCUGCUCUAUGCGCGGACGGGGAAGCCCCAGUGCAUGAGGUCUGGUGCUUCCCGGAGAGCGGCUGAGCGUGUGCAUUAAAUCCUGAGGAACGGGAACCAUGUCGGGCUCCUAUGAUGAGUCUGCGGCGGCUGCGGAGGAAAUAACCGACAGCUUCUGGGAGGUGGGGAACUACAAACGGACAGUGAAACGGAUCGACGACGGGCACCGGCUCUGCAAUGACCUCAUGAACUGUGUCCACGAGCGGGCCAAGAUCGAGAAGGCCUACGCCCAGCAGCUGACUGACUGGUCCAAGAGGUGGAGGCAGCUGAUCGAGAAAGGCCCGCAGUACGGCAGCUUGGAGAGGGCGUGGGGAGCCAUGAUGACAGAGGCGGACAAGGUGAGCGAGCUGCAUCAGGAUGUGAAGAACAGCCUGCUGAACGAGGACUUUGAGAAGGUGAAGAACUGGCAGAAGGACGCCUACCACAAGCAGAUCAUGGGAGGCUUCAAGGAGGCCAAGGAGGCAGACGACGGCUUCCGGAAAGCGCAGAAACCCUGGGCCAAGAAAAUGAAGGAGGUGGAGACGGCCAAGAAAGCAUAUCACCUGGCAUGCAAAGAGGAGAAGCUGGCAAUGACCCGGGAAGCCAACAGCAAGGCAGAGCAGUCCAUCACUGCAGACCAGCAGAAGAAGCUCCAGGACAAGGUGGAAAAGUGCAAGCAAGAUGUGCAAAAGACCCAAGAGAAGUAUGAGAAGGUGCUGGAGGAGCUGAACAAGUGCACCCCGCAGUACAUGGAGAGCAUGGAGCAGGUGUUCGAGCAGUGCCAGCAGUUUGAGGAGAAGAGGCUCAUCUUCCUGAAGGAGGUGCUGUUGGACAUCAAGCGGCACCUGAACCUGGCUGAGAGCAGCAGCUACACCAACGUCUACCGCGAGCUGGAGCAAACCAUCCGCGUGGCAGACGCUCAGGAGGACCUCAGGUGGUUCCGCAGCACUAACGGCCCGGGGAUGCCUAUGAACUGGCCCCAGUUUGAGGAGUGGAACCCGGACCUCACGCACACGAUAACAAGGCGAGAGAAGAUUAAGAAGAAUGAAGGGGUGACCCUGACCAACGCCACUGCAGUGGGCGAAUCAGCAGCAGUGGCCGGGGACCGCGGCAGCGUGAGCAGCUACGACCGCAGCCAGCCCUACACCACUGAGUGGUCGGACGACGAAGGCGGCAACUCCUUCAGUGCCAGCGAGGCCAAUGGCGGCGCCAACCCCUUUGAGGAGGAGCCAGUGGGGAAGGGAAUGCGCGUGCGAGCUCUGUAUGACUAUGACGGGCAGGAGCAGGAUGAGCUGAGCUUCAAAGCGGGCGACGAAUUAACCAAAUUAGGUGAAGAAGAUGAACAAGGAUGGUGCAAAGGGCGUCUAGACAAUGGGCAACUCGGCCUUUACCCAGCCAACUAUGUGGAGUCUAUCUAACCUCGUGGUGUUCUCGUCAUUGCUGUCUAAAAAUAAACAAACCCUCCGUCGUCUUCAUUUCUCUACACCAGCCAACCAGCUAUCUUGCCGUCUGGUCACUCACGCUGCACCAUUAGAGAUUCAAACAUAUUUUCCAACCAAGCUUUUAUUUUUUUAAGAGCGGUCUCAGAAGAAUAUUUUGCAUACUGGCUUUUCUUCCUCUUCUUCUUCUAAGAUAAUGUGAAGUGAAAGGUCGACGUUGUCUGUCCUUUUUUUUUUUUUUCAAAGCAAAAAGCCAAUACCUCAAGAUUUUAAAGCCCAACCAAUGAGGUCAUUUCCAGGGCUUCUGAUUGGUUGGCUUUUAAGGCUAUUGUAAUCAUAAGCCCGCCUUCCCAUUGGCUGGAACUGUUCCGAAACACACGGCGCGUCAACUGCUGGGACCGGUCAAAUUUGCCCUAUUUGAACAUAACCAAAUUAAAAUGGGAGGAAAUGGAAUUUAUCCCCUUUUAUUUAUGUAUAGAUUUUUAUACUCACCCUCCCUAAGCAUUGUCUUUCCAAUUUCUCUGUCUUUGCGGGAGGACGGGGGGAAAAGUAUCUCCCUACCUAUCCUUUGCCCUCUCCCAUUCAUCUCAAACCACAUCCAUGUACCGUACAUCUCCCAUCCAGCUGAACACCCUGAGACUUUGAGUUGGGCAAGGAUUAGGGCUCAUUGAUGUCUUGCAAGCAGGAAUGGUUGCCUGUAAAUUAAAGGAAGAUUCCUCAUCCCAGUGAAAGCUUUGGGGACCUUCCCUUUUUAUUUUUAGAGUAUGGUCUUCCCCUCUUCCUCCUCCAAUCAGACAUCAUCAUGGUGUGGUCACUGGUAUCGUAUUGUCAUCCUGGACCCAGCAAAGGCUUAUUUCCAAUGCUCUUCAGUGACAUUACAUCACUUCCUCAGUCCAGGUUCCCAGCAAGGCUGUACAAGUUCUCUGGUCCGAGACAGGAAUGCCUCUGUGUCUGGCAGCACCUGGACAUGCUGGAGCAAAGGCACCCAUGGACCCUGAACCACAAUGUGGACUCCUGCUCCCUUUUCAGGAGAUGCUUGGUACACCGCUGUGGUGUGGAGAGCCAUGUAGGCCUGUGAAAGCUAAUGGAGGCCUGCACUCUGUGAGGGAGCGAACUGGGCCUUGAAAUGCAUCACCUCUUCUUUGGAGAUUUGCAACGCUGCUCCACCGCUGUUGGAAACCUCUUCGUAACAGUGAUAGGAGCUAGGGUGAUUCAGGGUGCCAGGCUGGGAUGAAUCUUAGGCCUGGCUCAAGACCUCCUUCCUGGGAAAGGAAUCUCACCAGGGACCAUCAGGGGGACUAUUUUUCUGCCACUGAACUAAGGUGGGACCAGACUUCAAUGUCCCAUUCUUUGCACUGGAAUGCGGUGGAGAUUUAUGUUUAUUCCAACCAGAUGUGGAUGGGUGCAGGAGAUUCCCUUUACAUGUGCAGGCUUUCUCCCCCAGCCACCUGAUGGAUGGUGCAGGGGACAUGGAGAGGAGUCGCCUGGCAUUCGGACUGGGUGCCUAGCGUGGGAGAUGCUCCAGGCCACCACCCUGCCUAGGAAGAGUCACAGGUGAGAAGCAGUAAAUGAAGCCUGCACUAGUGUCAGACAGGAGAGGGUCCCUCCUUUAGGCGGUGGCAACAAGGCUAAGAAGAACUCAUCUGCAUAGCUUUGUGCACCUGGUGUGGGCUCUGAACACCGCUUCCAAGAGGAGAGACUGGAUUGGUGCGUAUGGAAUGGAUUCUGAGCCUGGAGCCCAACCGGUGUAAGGGUGGGGAUAGGUGCUGACGCUGCAACACAGAGGAAAGACAGCUAUCAAUCAAGCUGCUGUGUCCCUUCCCCAAUGAGAAUGGGUGUCCUCCAGCCCCAUUCAUGGCCCCAAGUCCUGUCGUGAGCACCCUGGAGGGACUGUGAAUAGGAUUCCCCAGCAGCUGCUC